AUGAGCAAAUCCUCAACAGCCGCUGCACCAAAGACGUCCCAGUCACCGUCAAAGUCGGCUUGGGCAAGGGGCCCGCCAGCGAAUACUUGGACAGCGCCGUCGCCUAGAUCGCAAUCCCCCGCUCCUUCCGUCACCUCUUCUUCAGCACCCCCCAAGCACUUCAGACGACCGAGCACACUAGGACGGGGCAUAGCGUUCAAGGAUGGAGUAGGAGCAGCACGUACGCCUUCGAAUGCGUCAAGAUCAGGCUCAUCGGUGACAUUCGGGUCCAUCGACGAUACCAACGCACCGAUCUCGUCUUCGCCCGCGGCCGCACCGACGAUCAAGUCAGAGGGGAUCAAGACUUUGCGGUCGGCAUCAGCGAUCACGAACGGGAAAAUCCACGCGCGGACGAUCUCGUUCUCGACAGGGACGCCUUCGUCAGGUGCUGCAGCAGCGGCGUCGACUUCGUCAUCGUCAUCGACCCCGCCUUCAACGUCGUCAUCGACCGCACUGUCGACAUCUGGUUCUUCGUAUACCCCAAAGGCCGCCAAGUUCGACGUGGAAAGUCUUUUCUUAAACAAGACCUCGGAUGCCUUGUCGACCUCCUCUGCCGUAUCCGCCUCCCCCUCGCAUCGCACGACGUUGCUUCCGCAGUCCUCGCUGAAUUCGCAAGGACAAUCACCGCAUCAAUCACCGCCUUCGCAGAUGGACGCUCCUUAUAGCAACGUCCGGCCGCAGCAGAACAGCGUGCCCAUCGCGAGUCCGGGGGCACCAAGGUCGCCCAGCCUCCCCCCCCCCCCAGAUGCCUAA